UGGAGGGGUUGGCGGGUGGACACUGCGCCUUUCUCCUUGCAGGGUGUGUAGGCUAAGUUAAAGGGGGCUAUUGUGGAAACUCUAAGGACUUCUUGGGGAGUGGGUGGGACACGGAAGGAAGAUUUCAUCUCAAGUUACAGUCAUAAGACGCCGGAAGUGGAAUGGCUUUCUUUAUUUGAAAAGCCAGAGGGGAAAAAAAGCAGUUUGAUUGUAUCUCUUGUCUGCUAGAUGAUUUAGCCAUAGGUGAUUUCAGAGGCACCCCAGAGAGGUAUGGGAUCUUUCUUCACCAUUUAAAGCUUGAGGUUUUCACAUACAGAUGGGAUAUUUUAAUUUGUGUGAUGAUAUAGACUUGUCCUUUUCUAUGACUUUAGAGAAAACCAAAGAAUAAAACUAGGGGAAAUGAAGAAGUCAGGAGCACAUCAAAUUUAAUCAUCAAAUGGAAUAAGAUUUCCCGUACUUUUAUGAGACAUUUGAUGAGGAAACCCAACACAAUAUCCUAUGAAGAACUGUGAAAGGGCCUAGGGAUAUUUGCCUUGAGGGGAUAUGCUUGCUGCUUCAAAUAUCUGAUGGGCUCUCAUGUGGCAUAGGAAUCUACUGAGUCCUGGCAUAGCACGAGUGUCAACAGACUGAAACCCCAGGGAGAUCCAUUUCAACCCCAUGUGAGUCAGAGCUAUGCACACAGCAUGGAUUUUUUCAGGAGAUAGUGAGUUCCUCCUGAUCAAACAUAUUGAAGCAUAGAUGGAUAUUUCAGCAGAGAUGCUGAAGGUGGGAAUAAAGUUUCAGGUGGCAAGAGCCAUGCAAUUCUCCGGCUCAGCCAGGGCAGCUGAUGAGAACUUUGACUAUUUGUUCAAGAUUAUCCUCAUUGGGGAUUCCAAUGUGGGGAAGACGUGUGUGGUGCAGCAUUUCAAAUCCGGGAUCUACACAGAGACACAGCAGAACACGAUUGGGGUGGACUUCACUGUGCGCUCCCUUGAGAUCGAUGGCAAGAAAGUGAAGAUGCAGGUGUGGGACACCGCUGGCCAGGAGCGCUUCCAGACCAUCACCCAAAGCUACUACCGCAGUGCCCACGCAGCCAUCAUCGCCUACGACCUCACCCGGCGGUCCACGUUCGAGUCUGUUCCUCACUGGAUUCACGAGAUAGAAAAAUAUGGAGCAGCCAACUUGGUCAUUAUGCUGAUUGGGAACAAAUGUGACAUGUGGGAAAACCGGCAUGUUCUGUUUGAGGAUGCCUGCACGCUGGCUGAGAAAUACGGACUCCUUGCUGUUUUGGAGACGUCUGCCAAGGAGUCCAAGAACAUAGAUGAAGUCUUCGUGCUGAUGGCCAGGGAGCUGAUAGCCCGCAACAGCCUGCAGUUGUAUGGGGACAGCGCCCUGAACAGCCUCCCCCUGGAUUCCAGUCCAGUUCUUAUGGCCCAGGGUCCGAGUGAAAAGACCCACUGCACUUGUUGAAUAUGUUCACGAGGCCAUUCGCACCCACAGAAGGCAUCUCUGAAACCAAAGGUAGUCGGAUAUCCUAGUGUCUGCUGAGCAGCACCUCACACCCAAGUGUAGACUUGCCACUAGUCCUUAAUCCUUCCCGCCUGGAUGGGUGGCACUUCUGCCUCAAUUCACACCAGAGGCCAUAACUGCUGACUCUGAGGACAGGGGACACCACUGUCUUUCUUGAUGUUGCCUAGAGAAACCAGGACUUAAGGUAUGGAGGUAGGAGGGCAAGCUUUGCUCUUUUCCAUCUUUCCCUGUUCUCCCCAACCCUUCCACUGUUUUCUACUGAAUUUUGCUUCUCUCUUGAAGAAGAGAGUAGUGAAGGAAAGAAGAAAAGAGAACCAUCAAGAGAGG